UUCGAUAUUGACAAUUUUCAAUUCAUUCUGCAUUCGUGUACAAUGGAUUUGACACUAAUACAUAUAACAACUAUUCUGUGCAACUACCUUAAUGUGAAAUUAGAUUUGAAGCGUGAGGCCAGUAUCUGUCACCUGCUGAAGCAUCCUCAUAUCGUCGAACUAAUCGAAACUUACAGCAGCGAUGGAAUGCUAUACAUGGUUUUUGAGUACAUGGAGGGAGCAGACCUAUGUCAUGAAAUUGUCAAGCGUGCGACUGCGGGGUUUAUCUACAGUGAAGCUGUUGCGAGCCACUACAUGAGGCAGGUCCUCGAAGCCAUCAAAUACUGUCACGAAAAUAAUAUCAUUCACCGUGACUUGAAACCCCACUGUGUCGUACUCGCUAACAAACAGAAUUCAGCACCAGCAAAAAUUGGCGGUUUUGGUGUCGCGGACCAGCUCAACCCCGACAUUGGAUAUAUUCCAGGUGACACUCCUUUUACAGUGGAUCAGGAAAUCUUCGUUGCUCUUCGUCCUGAUCAGUGCGGUCGCAUUGGCACCCCACAUUACAUGAGCCCGGAGAUGUUGCGUCACCAGCCUUAUGGUAAACCGGUGGAUGCCUGGAGUUGUGGAGUUCUGCUUUCAGUCCUUCUUAGUGGCUCCCUGCCUUUUUAUGGCACUCGUGAGACCCUGUACACACAAAUUCUUGGUGGUCAAUAUCGGAUGAAUCCAGAUGUUUGGAAUGCUAUAUCAUCCGAGGCAAAAGAUUUGACGCUUAGACUUCUUGAAGUUGACCCAAGCCGCCGUAUGGCGAUUGAGGAGGCAUUAAAACACCCAUGGAUAGCGCAGAAGUCACGAGCUUCUAAGACCCAUCUUCAUGAAACAGUGGAAGCAAUGAAGCAAUUUAAUGCCCGUCGUCGAUUAAAGGGUGCAGUCCUUGCUGCUGUAUCCAGUACAAAGUGGGCCACCUUUUAUUCCGACGCCUCUGGAAGUCGUGUGGAUGAAAACAUCGAGGAAGAUGACGAAGUUACUUCGGCAGCUGUCAGUGAGGUGCUCGAUAGCUUGGAGGAAAUGCAGUGUUUAACGGAGAGUGGGCCAGAAGCGGCGGAGUGGAAGGAAAUGGUGUUCCAGGACCAUCAACUGUGCAGUCUCCUUGAGCUCUACGAUCUGAUUAACAGCAAUCCGCUUUCGCCUAAUGUAACUCUUCCAGAUAAUGCGACGGUGAAAGCUAGAGAUGUCUUGGACGAGUUGAAUUCAGCAAUGUCAGAAGAUUGUGUGCGCGACGCAGAUGAACUGAGGUACCUUCUGAGAACACCACACAUGAGAGCGCUGUUACGAGCCCGCGACGUGAUAGCACAUGAUGUGUACGGUGAGGCUGCAAUUCGUGUAACCCCACCACCAACAAGUGCCUUUGGUUCAGCCCUGGCUAACGGGGACGAAGGCGACAAUGACGACCCCGACGGGCCGGGGGAUUCCGGCCAUCAAGUGACCAGAGUUCGUCUCGUUCAAUUCCAAAAGACCACAGAUGAACCUAUGGGAAUAACACUGAAAUUGAAUGAGGAGGAUAAAUGUAUUGUUGCAAGAAUAAUGCAUGGCGGAAUGAUACAUCGACAGGGUAAACCGAUAGUGAUUAGUAUCACGCGAUUUCCUAUGGUAUUUGUCAAGGAAAUGAGUUCUGAACUAUUUGAAACUUUAGGUACUCUGCACGUCGGCGAUGAAUUGCGAGAAAUAAACUCGGAACCUGUUCACGGAAAGUCAGUAGAGUAUCUACAAACUCGACUGCGGGAAGCUCGUGGCAGCGUCACUCUGAAAAUUGUUCCUAGCUAUCGCAGCAAUCCGAUUCAAUGUGAGAUCUAUGUUCGCGCGAUGUUCAACUACGAUCCCCAAACCGACGAUUUAAUCCCAUGUCCUCAGGCUGGAAUCAGGUUCCGCGUGGGCGACAUCCUUCAGAUCAUCAGCAAAGACGAUCAUAACUGGUGGCAAGCUAGACUCUGGGGAUCAGAUCCCCAAAGUCCCGCAGGACUAAUUCCAAGUCCUGAACUUCAGGAGUGGCGCGUUGCUAACACUGCAGCAGAGUAUUCUCACGGGCAUGCCAACCAACAAAUUGUCAACUGUGGUUCAUGGUUCAUGAGAAAAAAGCGAGGCAACCACGGAUCAGGUCGAUCCGCAAGUGGACGAGCUCAAAAGUCAUUUGUAUAUGACCAACUAGACUUAUAUACGUACGAGGAGGUUGUCCGCCUGCCCACUUUCAGACGUAGAACACUCGUCUUGCUUGGCGCACAUGGAGUUGGUCGCCGACAUAUAAAAAACCGCCUUAUACAAUCUUCACCUGACAAAUAUGCUUAUCCGAUUCCACAUACGACUCGAUCCCCUAGAAAAGAUGAAGUAUUUGGGAAAAAUUACUAUUUUGUUACACAAGAAGAAAUGAUGCGAGAUAUCACAAACAAUGAGUACCUCGAGUAUGGAACCCAUGAACAGGCUAUGUACGGCACUAAAUUGGAUACUAUCCGGCAAAUUCAUGCAGCUGGAUUAGUUGCAAUUUUGGAUGUAGAGCCACAGGCAUUAAAAGUACUGAGAACGGCUGAAUUUGCUCCGUGUGUCAUCUUCAUUGCUGCGCCUGACCUUAAUACAAUCUUUACGGAUUUAAAUUGUUCGAACGAUGGGAGCGUCGAGCGCCUAACUCGGGAAAGUCAGUUACUUGAACAGCAUUUCGAACACUUCUUUGACCUAAAGAUAGUGAACAACGACAUGGAGGAAACAAUCAAAAGGUUGCAAACUGGGAUCGAAGAGUUCCAAACUCGACCUCAGUGGAUUCCUGUUAGUUGGGUUUAUUGA